AUGAAGCGGGUUUCCUCAGUGUUGGGUCCUGGGUGUCGGCGGCGUCCCGGAGGACGCCCGGAAGUCGGGUUCCGCACGGACGUUGUGCAGUGUGUGAGCAUGACGUUAACUACUACCAUAUCAGAGGAGAUGAAGCCAGAGAGUGUGUUGCUGCAUCCUCUGGGUAUUGCAGUUGCCCCUGAACCAGAGCUGCUGUGUAUCUUUGGCACGGGGGACUUAGGGCGCUCUCUGGGCCUGCGUCUGCUCCAGUCUGGCUACAGGGUGGUGUACGGCAGCCGAAGACCUCACAGCUGUGGCCCCUUGCCUCAGGGAGCUCAGGUGAUGAGCCACGCAGCGGCAGCUCAGUCGGCCGGUCUGAUCUUUAUUUGUGUUCACAGAGAACACUAUGAAUUCCUCGAGACAAUGGCACCUCAACUGGAAGGAAAGGUGCUGGUGGACCUCAGUAACAACCUGAAGAAAGAUAUGUACCCAGAAGCCAAUGCUGCCUACCUGCAAAGACUGGUCCCUGGAGCUGCUGUGGUGAAAGGCCUCAACACGCUGUCUGCCUGGGCCCUGCAGAAUGGACUUCUGGCAGGAAAACAGGUGUACCUAUGUGGGAACAGUGCAGAAGCAAAGCAGGCUGUAGCAGAGAUGGCCACCAAACUUGGUCUCACUGUUCUGGACAGGGGUACUCUGUCUGCAGCCAGAGAACUGGAGGACUUCCCCCUGCAGCUGUUCCCAGAGUGGAGGCUGCCUCUACGUGUGGCUGUCGGCCUCACCGCCUUCUUCUUCUUCUAUCUGCUAAUAAGAGAUGUCAUCUAUGCUUAUGCUGAACAGGGGAAAGACAUCUCCUUCAGAAUCAUGGUGUCCCUGGCCAACAAGGUGUUUCCCAUUGUGUCACUCAUCAUGUUGUCUCUGUGUUACCUACCUGGUGUCAUAGCAGCCUUCCUUCAGCUCUACAGAGGAACCAAGUACAGGCGCUUCCCUGAUUGGCUGGACCGAUGGAUGCUGUGCAGGAAGCAGAUGGGUCUGGUUGCACUGGGCUUUGCUUUUCUGCAUGCCAUCUACACAUUCAUCAUUCCUAUUCGCUAUGCUGUCAGACAUAAAUUCAUCUCGCGUGUGGUGGAUGAGAUGAAGAACAAUAAAACCACCCCGUUUUACUUUGAUAAUAUAGAAGCAUGGGGCACGGACUCAUUUUAUGUGCUGGGGAUCCUGGGUUUCUUUCUUUAUGUCCUGCUAGGACUAACAUCCCUGCCCUCUGUGGGAGGCUCGCUCAGCUGGAGAGAGUUCAGCUUCAUUCAGUCUAAGCUGGGCCACCUGACCCUGUCCAUAUGCACCACACAUGGCUACAUUUACGGCUGGAACAAAUUUCUUCGUCCCUCUACCUACAAAUGGUAUACUCCACCGGGCUACAUGCUCUGUCUGAUUGUGCCUUCUGUGGUUCUGGUGCUCAAGAUGCUUCUCCUCCUUCCUUGCGUGGACCGCACUCUCGCCCGCAUUCGACAAGGCUGGGAGAGGACCCAACCGAGGGAAGACGUGGAUGAGAGCAAGGCCGCCAACCUUUGA